UAUUCAAGUGUGUCCAAUUUUGAGCUUUUUCUCUCUUUGUCCUUUCUUAACACUUCUUGUUGGUAUUCCAAAUUUCUACUUUUACACCUUUUCGUUAUUAAUUCUCGAUCUACAGAUGGAGGAAGUCGAUAUUCCUUCCCAUUUUCUCUGUCCAAUUUCAUUGGAAAUCAUGAGAGAUCCCGUCACCGUCUCAACGGGGAUCACAUACGAUCGAGAAAGCAUCGAGAGAUGGUUAUUCUCAGGCAAGAACAAUGCUUGCCCCGUCACGAAACAGCCCUUGUUCGACGGCACAGAUCUCACUCCCAACCACACUCUCCGCCGCAUAAUCCAAGCUUGGUGCACCCUCAAUGCUUCGCAUGGCGUCGAGCGGAUACCAACCCCAAAGGCUCCGCUCGACAAAUCCCAGAUCGUUAAGCUCAUUGAACAAGCCAAGAAAUUGCCUAACACCAACCUCCAUUGCCUCCGGAGGCUCAGAUCCAUCGCCAUAACACAAAGCGAAAGGACCAAGAGCUGCUUGGAGGCUGCAGGAGCACUCGAAUACGUGGCCUCAAUAAUCAACAAGGCUUCCUCUGAUGAUCAAUCUAUAAUCGAAGUCGCUGUUGAAGUCUUGUUUCUUCUGAAAGGCUCGGAAGCUGGCCUCAAAGAUCUCAUAAGCAACGACGGCGAUAAUAAUAUCAUGGAGUCUUUGGUCAAAGCAUUGAAAUUCAAGAAUUUCCAAUCUCGAGCUCACGCAAUAAUUCUAUUGAAGUCUGUUUUCGAAGUGGCAGAUCCAAUCCAGUUGAUGAGUGUCAAGGCUGAGUGCUUCCACGAGAUAGUGCGUGUGUUGGAUGAUCGGAUUUCACAACAAGCGUCUAAGGCGGCAUUGAAGCUUCUUGUGGAGCUCUGUCCAUGGGGAAGAAACCGAAUCAAAGCCGUGGAAGGCGGCGCAGUUUCAGUCCUCAUAGAGGCUCUUCUUGAGACACAUGAAAAAAGAGCGAGUGAGCUGAUACUAAUCGUUUUGGAUCAGCUUUGUGGAUGUGCAGAAGGGCGAGCUGAGUUGUUGAAGCAUGGGGCUGGGCUAGCCAUUGUGUCCAAGAAGAUCCUUAGGGUUUCGCACGUGGCGAGUGACCGGGCAGUGAGGAUAUUGUCCUCCAUCUGUAGAUUUUCUGCAACUUGUGGUGUUCUUCAGGAAAUGUUGCAAGUGGGUGUUGUGGCCAAGUUGUGUUUGGUGCUUCAAGUGGAUUGUAGGUUUAAGACCAAGGAGAAGGCAAGGGAGGUUCUCAAAUUGCACUCCAGAGUUUGGAAGAAUUCUUCAUGCAUUCCUUGUCAUUUGUUGCCUUUUUAUCCAUCUUCAUCUUCUUGAUCUCACACAUCUUCUUCUUUUUUUUCUUUCUUUUUUUGCGUAUGUACAUAACUUGACGGAUCAUCAGAUGCAUGCAACUCAGUUUUGAAGAAAAUUGGGGUUCAAUUAAAG